GGAGGGAGCAUAAACAUCUCCCCCGCAUUGACACCGGCCUCCGAGCCCAAGGGGGUGCUCCCCGUGGUCCUCCUCCUGGUUUUCGAGCAUCCCCAUUUAAAGGCUAUGCCGUAUUUCAGCCUUUCCCCCCGCCGUCGGCCAGAGGGCUCGAGAGGGGGAGGGGAACGUCCAUCUCUCCCUCCCCAUUCUUGUUUUUACUCUGGAUGUUACUGCAGCGGCACCGAGGUGACAGGAGCGCUCCGUAGCUCCUCCGAGCCCGGGCUGCUCUCCGAGGCAGGGGAUGCCCCCCGGCCACGCCGCUGGGGACUCGCUCGGCUCCCGGAGGGCUGAGAGGCGGCCUUCGGAAUCCCCAUUUUUUAAAAGUUGUUUAACUACAUUCUUCCGAUGACUGGCAGAAUGACUGCCUGAGAGCGGGAGAGCAGGGACAGUGUGUGGCAGCCUCUAGGAAGUUAGGACCAGAAAGGAAGGCGGGAGGGGUCUAGCAAAGGCGCAGCAGCAUCUCCCAGGACUCCUGGAAUGGUUCAGAGCAGUUCAAUUGGACACAAGUUUGCCCGGGAGUGUUUUCCUUUUGUCAAUAAUUAAUCACUGGAAUCAGCCUGGCAAGACUGGAGUUUUAAAAACAGUGCAGAGGGUGAGGCAGGAGAAACACCUCGGGCUGAUCAAUCCAUCGGUAACUCCAAGCAGGAGGAAGCCAGUAUCCACACUGCUCAUCAGCCCACAGGCAGUCCACUGGGAGCAAGAGAAUGAAAGGGACUGUGGGACUUCAAAGGCUUUGCCAAUGGAGAAUAAACUAAAGCAGGUCCUACCAGACUGGGAAGACUUCAAAUGAAGGCCUAGAAACAGCCUGGAAAAAUCAGAAGAGGCAUAUCACCAGAAGGUUGGCCAACAGAUGAGGAAUUUGUUUUGGCCACAGCAGCUCAGGAAACUAGCUCUUAAGAUCCAACCGACUGCUGCUGGCUGACAUGAUGAAUCUACGGUACGUGAAGGAUUACUUUGCCUGGCUCUAUUACCAGUACACCAUCAUCAGCUGCUGCGCUGUCCUGGAACCCUGGGAACGAUCCAUGUUCAACACCAUCUUCCUCACGAUCGUGGGAAUGGUAGUGUACACGGCCUACGUCUUCAUCCCCAUCCACAUACGUCUGGCUUGGGAAUUCUUUUCGGAAAUCUUUGGAGACCAAAGUACUGCUUCUGCCUCUAAUUGAAAUUGCUCAACACCGAGAGGGAAGGGCCUCUGCACUCUGUGAAGUUCUAUUACGUAAUGAUAUUGUCGCUUAGGCGUUUCUGAUUCGUGUGAACAUUGCACCUUCUUGAAACAUCUGACCUGAAAAACAGACUCUUAUCUAUGCACUACUCUACACUUUCUGGGUUUGAAAAGAUUACUUACUGAUCACAAGUACCCACAAUGCAAAUUUCUCCAUAAGAAAAAUACUUUUCACAUUCUAAAGGCUUUCAAAAAGAAAUAUUAGAACUGUCUGUUCCUCAAAUCCAUGAUUUCAAAUCUAUUUUCUAUCAGAACAAUUUCUUAUUUAAGUCUGUCUGGUAAGCAACAGGGACAGGCACUUAUGAAAGAGAUAGGAAAGAGAGGUUUGGGGUACUAAAAGAGAAGAGUAAAUGAUAUUUUUGUAAGAAAUGAUGCAGGAUAGGUAUUGUCUAUUCUGUUUGACGGCGUAUGAGAGAUAUGUGCCCAAUUACAGGAGCACCUCAAGGCAGCAUCUCCUGGGAAGCUGCCCAUUUCUUCCAAUGGUUUCCCCUCCAUCAUAUAAGAAGGGUUUAAGGCAUCUAUACCUUUACAGAAAACACCUCGUGUAAUCUUUCCCCCCAAAAGCAUGACCAACACUGGGGUCGUAGUAGUUUAAAAUCAACGAUGUUGGUUUUCCUGAAACAUGGAAUAAUUGUAAUUCAAGGUAACUGUGAGCACAAGAAACAGACUCUGAUCAAAGCCAAUUCAGCUACCAUGUCUUCCAAAGUUGUCUUGCCUUGCAUGUUACUACAUAAAUAAAUUUUAAUUUAAAAAAAUCAAAUUGCUUUCUUGUCAUGCUAACACUCAGAGCAAGAAAAGCAUGUGUUUGGGGGCUAUAGGAGGACAAGCUGAUAAAUAGACUGGAAGUAAUAUUCUCACAGCAGGAAGCCUACAGCUCCAACUAAAAGCUUUAAUACAGUGGCUCUAUUGCAGCAGCAAUGAAAUUUAUUAAAUCAUCUUGGAAUGUUUAUUACAGAAAUGAGUUUCUAAUUGUAUUGCUGACUCAAAUGUGAAUGCCAAAGAAUAUGCUUUGUACCUUUUUUUUUUUUCCUUUACUGACAUGCAUUAGUAUUGACGGAAGGGGAGAUGUAAAUAGUGUUUGGACAAUUCCGACAUAUCAGGGAGAAAUUAUUUAUUUGGGAGAGCUCGGGACAGUAAAAUGUUCUGUGUUCAAAGGAAGGAUUUUUGUAUUUGUCAAAAAUAUGGGCAUGUGCUGAAAGUGACCCAGUUCUGAACAGAUAGAUUGAUUGUUUUUUGAAAAAAAUAAAUGUUAGUUUAGUUGUUGUUGUUGUUGUUGUUCUUACGUUAGCAUCUUGAUUUGUAUUUUGUUUUUCUUGCUUUGAGAAACUUAAAAUGUGUUUGAUUUUCCCUGA